UCUCAGUUCCCAAAUGUUUAUUGGUCUGCUGACUACAAGUCGGGGAUAGAAAAGUUAUCUGAUCAGAGUUUGAGGUCUUUGAAGCAGCUUCAUGAGGUACGCAAGUUGGUGUUUAGUUAUAUGAACUAUCACCAUUCGAAUAGUGAAUAUCUUACGAAACUUGCCAUUGAUGCCUAUUCGCUAGAGAGUGGGUUUAGAGACCCGGUUGAAAAUGAAAAUGGUGAAAAACCAGAUAUUAACAUGUAUUAUGCUUAUGGACUUCAUGUGAGAGGGGCUUCCCAGGAAUCACAAAUUUCCAUUAACUUAGCAUCAGUUCUUGAUAAAGAAAUAUUGGAGCCACUCACUGCAUUCCUUAAGAUAAAUGAGCCCCAAAUAAAGAAACAUUUGAGAGAUCUCAGUCAAAGAUUUCAGGAUUAUGAAGAGACUUAUAACGUAGUUGAAAAUCUCAGAUUGAAAUACGAUGAAACACUCCGGUUAAACGAAAUUUCCGUAAGUGAUCCUAACAAAAUAGAAGAGACUGAGAUUACUCAGGCUGAUGACUCAUUCCAAGAUGAAUCUAAUAACAGUUUAACUGAGGAAGAACGUGAAACUGUUAUAUCGUCAACGUCGCCAUCUCCAGAAUCCACCCUAGAAUCCGAGUUCGAUUUUCCUAUACUGAUCGGCGGUGCUGUGGAAAUUGACGACCCUGCAGACUUUACAAAACUUUUGAAAAAACUAAUAGACUCUAUUUCUACCAUAAGAAGGAAAAUACCAAUUCCAGGUUAUAAAAAUCAAAUUUUCAGUAGUAAUCAAUUAUGUGAAUGGCUAAUUAGAUAUAGACCAUUUGGUAUGGAUCCUUCUCGUAGAAAUAUGGAAAAAUUCGGUCAAGGUUUAAUCGAUUUGAAGCUUUUAGUUGGAACAGGAUUUUUCGCUAAAAAGUUCAACAGUGAAAAUAUGUGGUUCGAAUGGUCUGAUUUAGCCUAUUUUGUUGCUGAAUACAAAUCUAGUAAUCCUGGUCAAGCUCCUCAGCUGCCAGCAAGAAGUCAAACAACUCCCCAAAUUAAACUGCCUUCUCAAAGAUUAUCGAAAAUUGUUUUGGACGAACAGGCAACAAAAUUCGUUAACGAUACAAGUAAAAGAUUCAAUGGAAUGUUCAGAUCCGUUAAAUCUUCUUUGAUGAAAAACGAUUACAGCUCUCAGUUACUCGAUCUUGAAGAUCAAUACAACCUGAUGUAUUUAGAGCUUCAAGAAAUAAAACAUUUUCUUGAAUUGGACAUUUUUUCUAAAUCUCAUAUCAUCGAAGGGUUUGAAAAAUCUAGAAUCGAAGUUGUCUAUCAAACUUUAACGAAACUUCUGGAAAUCAUGUAUAGCUUUUCCUUAAGUUCGACAUCCCGGAUGCAUAAAUUGGCUACCGAAUUGAUUAAAGAUGUUAAUAAACCCGAACAUUAUGAAAAAGAUUUUAAUGACUUAUUGAAUCAUUUCAGUACUGGUAUUUAUUUCCCCUCCAUUGUUGCACCAGACGUUUUAACCAAGAAACAUUAUAGUACAAAUCAAUCGAAUAAUAACUUUCAAAAUAUUAAGUUCCAGUUUAACUUAUACAAAGACAUAUCUCUUCAACCAAGUCAAGGCGAAGGUAAGUCAGAAAUAUUAAGUAUUUCAUCAAUACCGCAAAUAAUAUAUCAAUCACUUAAUUUGAUUGAAGCAAGUGAAGCUUCUAUGAAAGAACUUUCAGUGCAUUGGUUGGGACCUAUAAACCAUCAAGCGUAUUGGCUUUUGAAAGAAGAGCUAAUUGAGAUUAUCAACAGCUUCAUUCCUAAAGAUGAAACACUAGAGGUGUCAAAAGAGAUUUUGCUUCAUCGUGAUAUUUUAAGUGAGGUAAAUCUUUUAUUCAAAUCCAAGCAUGUUUCUGAUGUCGUCAAUUUUUUCAAAAAUUGGUUACUUGAAAUAAGUGAUUCUCUCCUUCCUUGUAUGAUCUACGAUUCGUUGGUGAGUAAUUAUGGAAAUGAGUCUGAUGGGAAGUCUUCCAAUACGGAAAGUAGAAGAACAGAAGGUAUUAGGCUACUUUCUUCAAUUCCAAGAAGUAAUUUGAGCUCUCUUAUUUUUAUUCUUGAACACAUAAGUAAAGUCUUUGGAUUAGGUGUUCUUCCUAAUUACGGUGAAUCGGAUGAGAUUUCUCAAGAACUUGAGCUGAAUCCAGAUACUUUACUGGAUGUAGUGGCUCAACUUAACUCCAUGGAUCAAAUAGGUUCGGUUCCAUUUAUUCAUUUGAUAUUCAGACCUUCGGCUGUUAAAAACUCGUCCGGUUUUAAACCACCCAUAUCUGUCUACAACGAUAUAUUAUUUGAUUUGUUAGAUAUCAAAGUUAGAGCUAAACUUUUAGAAAACUUGGUUACUAAUGAAAAAAACUAUUUAUCAAAGAAACAAAAUGAAAAAAACAAUUUAGGUAUACAAAAGAAACUACCAGCAACGGGAGCAUCUCAAAGCAACCAAAACCAACAAGCUGCCCCACAGACUCCGAGCAGAAAUGGCAGUGAUAAUACACCAGGCCGGCCUCUUGUGAAUGGAGUAAUUCCAAAAAGUCCUCGACCAGUGAGCGGAGAGAAUUUUUCAUUGCGUCCCUUUAGAACGGGUACAACCCCUAGGCCAUCCCCAUGUAGUUCACCA